AACGACAGAGGAAGAAUAAAUCCGGAAGGUGAAUAUAUGUCAAGUCAUCGUGGAUUGUCUUCCUUAUUUUGUACCACAGUGUUGCUAUUUUUGAGAGAAGAAAAAAUCCUGAAGGUGAAUAUACGUCAAGUCAUCUCUGUACCACAGGAGGGGCAACAAUAGGGUCGCAGGGGUUGCUGGAGCCUAUCCCAGCUGUCUUCGGGCGAGAGACGAGGUACAUCCUGGACUGGUGGCCAGCCAAUCACAGGGCACAUAUAGACAAACAACCAUUCACACUCACAUUCAUACCUAUGGACAAUUUGGAGUCGCUAAUUAACCUAGCAUGUUUUUGGAAUGUGAGAGGAAACCGGAGUACCCGGAGAAAACCCACGCAUGCACAGGGAGAACAUGCAAACUCCUACACAGAGGGCGGAAUUGAACUCGGGUCUCCUAGUCGUGAGGUCUAACCACUCGCCCACUGUGCAGCCCCAUUUUCAAACAUGGCUAAAUUAAGUAAAAUACAAAUAUAGGGCCUUCAUUGAUAAUUUUUUGUUUUGAAUAGGCUACUAUUACGGACGUAGCCGAUUGAAUUUUUCUGAUGUCACUUCCUGUCCCCUAGCACCGGAAUACAUUUACAGCAACACACAAGCCUUACUGUGUCUCCGAUAUUCGGUAACAGCAGUGUAAAGUUUACUAUAGGGGUGUUAUUCCAUGUCUAGUGGGCUCUAAUAAUGUUAAAGACUGUAUUUAGAAGGGUUUCUAUGCUCAAAGUACAAAAAUAUUCCUACUUCCUGGGUAUUCACUUAUCACAGUCCGGUGUGGAUUUUUCCACUUCACUGUUUCAUUUCCAGCAAAUCCAGUUUGGGCUCCACUGAAUGUUUUUAUUAUUGCUCCCAUAUCCCAGCCCCUUUUGGUAAUUGAGGUUUCGUGUGUCUCAACGAGCCUGCUUCGCUGACAUCCAAAGGUGAAAGGUGAAAGAGCCAAGUUAACUCCAUCAAUCCCCUCGGACAGUUACAAACGAGCCCUCAACUCGUGUCAAAACAAUCCCUGGAUCAUUCCGAGGCCCGGCGGGAGGUGGAAAGAGGAAGGGGUUCAAUUCAUCACAAGGAACUGUUUUGAAAGUUUUCCCUUCAUAAGUGUUGACCAACGCACAUGCGUCAGUUUUUUUUUUUCAGCAACGGAGAUUCUUGUAAAAAUAAAAAGCAAUUAAUAAAAAAUAAAUAAAAUAAAUAAAAAAAAUAAUAAUUUAAAAAAUUUAAUUAAAAAUGGUAGAUAUUGACUGACUCCGAAAAGAGAAAAAAACAAGCAAUUAAUAAAAUAAUAAUAAUAAAAAAAUUUAAUUAAAUUAAAAAAGGUAGAUAUUGACUGACUCCGAAAAGAGGAAAAAAAACAAGCAAUUAAAAAAAUUAAAAAAAAAAAAAUUAAAUCAAAAAAGGUAGAUAUUGACUGACUCCGAAAAGAGAAAAAAACAAGCAAUUAAUAAAAAAAAAAAAUUUAAUUAAAUUUAAAAAGGUAGAUAUUGACUGACUCCGAAAAGAGAAAAAAACAAGCAAUUAAUAAAAAAUAAAUACAAUAAAAAAAAUCAAUUUAAUUAAAUUUAAGAAGGUAGAUAUUGACUGACUCCGAAAAGAGAAAAAAAACAAGCAAUUAAUAAAAAAAUAAAUUUAAUUAAAUUAAAAAAGGUAGAUAUUGACUGACUCCGAAAAGAGAAAAAAACAAGCAAUUAUUAAAAAUAAUAAUAAUAAAAAAAUUUAAUUAAAUAAAAAAAGGUGACUGACUCUGAAAAGAGAAAAAAAAAACAUCUUAAAAGCUUACAUUAAAUAAAGAAAUCAAUAGCGUUUCUCUGCAAUGUGGAGUGUAUGCAUGUCCACACACACACACACACACACAACGUCCUGCAGCAGAAGUGGGUAAUCAGGGGAGGUCACCAAGGAAACAGACAUAACGAAAGCAGUUGUCAGACACAGUGUAUUUCAAGAGGAGCAUAAACACCCUUUCUCUGCAUAUAUUGUCUUCUGACUGCACACCACCACGCUCAAGUCCAAUAACAUGAAUAUUUGAUUCCGGAUUGUUCCAACAGCUCUGCUGCCUUUAUAUCUUAGCGCUUGUAACUGGAAAAUUGAGGAUUUUUUUUUCUUUAACAGAUACAAAAAAAUGAGAUAAGGAUUUGUGCUCUUGUUAAGGAGAGGAAGAAAACACAGGAUAAGUUGAUGACCCUGGAGAAGUGUUUGGAGAAGCUAUGUGAGGAGAGGGAUGAUCUGCGAGCCAAGAUGGAGGAAAUGAGCAGGAAGUGCGUUCAACCGGAGGCCGACUCGGCCGUGAGUCGUGAGACACUGCGGGCUUGUCACCUGGAGUUGGCAGCAUCAGAGAAGAAGCGACAAGAGCAGCAAAUGGAGCUGGAGCUCCUCCGUCAGCAGCUGAAAGGAGCCCGGGAGGAAUUAAAAGAGGCCCGUUUGCAAGCGGAGGAACCGAAAGAAACAGCUUCCAUUUUUAAACGCAAGUACACGGCCGCAAUGGAGAAGGUGUGCGAGGUGCAAGGGCGGGUUGAACAUCUGCAGGAGGAGCUACGAUACUCCCAGGAACUGCUGAAGGAGUCCCGACUUGCGAACCAAUCAAUGGAAGAAGAGCUCUCGGAGCUGAAACGGCAGCACCAGGAAAAGGUCGGGCAGUGUGAGAGUACGCGGGAGGCGCUCGACCAGUUGACGGACGAGCUCCAGGUCAGCCAUAACCGUGUCACCGAGAGCCAGCAUAACGCGGAGCACUUCAGGAGUCUUGCGUGUGGCCUUCAGGGGCAAGUGGACGCCGUGGAGCGGCAGAACGUGGAGUUGGAGUGUGACCUGCGACUUUAUCAGCAGACUCACUCUCACGCCGACGAGGACCACCUCCGCCUGCAGAAGCGCUGCAGUGAGCAGGGGAAGCGCCUCGUGGAGUGUGAAAAGGUUAUUCUACAGAUGAAAUCAGAGCUGGAGAGACAACACCAGGAGCAGGCGAGUCUGAAGCAGAGCCUUGUCGCAUCCUGCCGCACGCAUCUAAACAGGUGCAGGCAGCUUGAACAGGAAGUGGAGCGGCGGAAGGAGGAAGUCGCACGCUUGCAAAUUGAGCUCGGUGACAGCCAGAAGGCGCACAUCACUCUCCUGCGGCAAUCAGAGGAGGAGCUCCAGGAAGCCAGGCAGGAAACGGCGAGGCGGAGUGAGGAGGCGCACGCUCACAGGGAGGAAGCACGGCGACUGGAGGAGGAAUUACAAGAACAGAAGGACGAGCUGAAGAGCGCUCAGAGAGAGCAGCAGAGUCUGAGCAGUCGUGUCAGGCGGCUGAGUCAAGAGCUUGAGGAGCUGCACUGCCGACAUCAGAGCACAGUGGAACACCUGGCAACCCGUUCCGAGGAGGCAAAAUGCCUGAAUGAGGGAAAUCAAGCGCAGAACAAACUAAGCACCACGGCUCUGAAGCUGGAGAUGCAGAUUACGGAACUCAAGAGGAACCUCGACCAGGCCGGAAAGGACAAAAAGGACGCAGAAGCUAAGGUGGAGACAUUGCAGGCCAAGCUGGAGGCUUCCUGUUCGGACAACGCCAACAUUCGCCAGGAGAGCGAGUUGAUGCUGACGCAUCUUCAACGAUGGAUCACGGAGCAAAAGGUGUCUAGUGAGAAUCUCGCUGAGCAGAUGAGGACCCAAAGCAAAGCUCUGGUCAACGUCACUGAAGAGAAAACACACCUUCAGGAGGCUAAUGACACGUUGAAGGCGGAGGUGAAGCGACUGAAAGACGUGGCGGAGGGGCAGGAGAGAGAGACGGGACGCGUCAAGGCGCAACUGAAGGACCUGCGUGCGAUGCAAGACGAGAAAAUCCUGGAAAAGGAGACUCGUGUGGCUUUGAAUCUGGGCCGACUGUCCGACAUGCAGACCAAACUGGAGCGCAACAUGGACGCCAUCGAACUGCUCAAUCAACAAUUAAACGCCCUCAGCGAGGAGAACAAGCGUUUGCGUCGACGGUCCGAGGUACCCGCCCACCUCACACGUCCGUCCCCGGCGUCAAUGAACAACGACUGCGUCUAAAACCACGAGGUGAGCCCAAUAAUUUCGGAUGAUGUGGGCGACGCCCACCCCCACCCCCGUUCUUUCCCGCUCCCCUCUGGACUCAGACCAAGGAGACAUGGCACCAAAUAAAGCCUGAAGAACACUUCGACCUGUCACGGCUUUUUGACCUCAAGCGUCUCACCGGGGAGCGCGCUCAGUAUGAGGUUAAUGUCCUGCGGGUCAAAGUCAAGUCCCAGACUGCUUAUCGCCUCAAGGAAGGAAACCGGGUGAACAUAAGAAGGAUUCCCUUAAACCUUCAAAAACAGCCGGAUUCUUUUUCCUUGAAUUUUCUUUUUUUUUUUGUGUGCGCCUGUAGUGUAGGAUCGAACUCACCUAACAUGUUUUACUUGCAUUUUUGAAACACUUAUCAACCGUACCAGAAGAUGUUUAAUGAGCCUUAAUGUUCUUUUUGUUCAGCAGUGGUUUCGGUUUCGGUUUUGGUCCCAUGCAGAUUAUUUUACCCUUUCUUAGUGAGGCCUGCACACGUCUUUUGUGACCUUUUGGAUGAGUCGUCACAUUUUGGGUGGCUGGGCAUUUCGGCAUUUGUAGAUAGUGGCUCUCGAUUUAGUUUGCUAGAGUCCCAAAGCUUUAGAAAUGGCUUUAUAACCUUUUCCACACUGAUAGAUCUUAAUUAAUGUAUAUGUAAGUUCUGGGUGGGGGGGAUGCACGGGGGAUGAGUGGUUAGCACACAGGUCUCACAGCUAGGACACCCGCGUUCGAUUCCACCCUGUGCAUGCGUGGGUUUUCUCCGGGUACUCCGGUUUCCUCCCACAUUCCAAAAACAUGCUAGGUUAAUUAGCGACUCCAAAUUGUCCAUAGGUAUGAAUGUGAGUGUGAAUGGUUGUUUGUCUAUAUGUGCCCUGUGAUUGGCUGGGUACCAGUCCAGGGUGUACCCCCGCCUCUCGCCCGAAGACAGCUGGGAUAGGCUCCAGCACCCCCCCACGUGACCCUCGUGAGGAUAAGCGGUAGAAAAUGAAUGAAUGGGAAGGUUCCCCACUGUUCCAUGUUUUAGCUAUUAGUGGAUAGUGGCUCUCGAUGUAGUUUGCUGGAGUCCCAAAGCUUUAGAAAUGGCUUUAUAACAUUUUUCACACUGAUAGAUCUCAAUUAAUGUAAGUAAAUGUAAGUUCUGGGGGGCUGCACAUGUGAAUAGUGGUUAGCACAUAGGCCUCACAGCUCGGAGACCCGCGGUCGAUUUCAUGCAUGCAUGUUUUUUCUCCGGGGGACUCCUUCAUUCCAAAAACAUGCUAGGUUAAUUGUUUGUCUAUAUGUGCCCUGUGAUUGGUCCACGGUGUAACCCGACUCUCACUCGUAGAUAGCUGGGAUAGGCUCCAGCACCCCCCCCCAUGCGACCCUUGUGAGGAUAAGCGGUAGAAAAUGAAUGAAUGAAUGUUAUGCAGGGCAAUCACCCAAUGAGGUGAACCAGAGUGAAGGGAAGGGAGCCACCUUCUGUGGCCCAGAACAGUGCACUAUAUUCGGGUACACGCUCUGAGCAGACGGUGUGCCGCCAUGGAGGUCUCCGGUAAAAUUUUUUCAGGCACAACAAAUCCCGAAGUUGGGUGUUUCGAUGACGGGGCAUAAAAGGAGCACUUGAUUUGCUCACCCUCGCUGUAGGUUUCUUUUAUCCUCUAUUUUUUAUAUUUAAUAUUAUCGUCUUGUGUCUGUGGUCCAUUUGUGAUCACGACAACGUGCGACGGAUAUUCUUGUCGCUUUGUGUGCGAGCAUUUUUUUUGUUUUUUUUUGGUACUCUGAAUAGAAACGUAUGCGUUUUGUUUGCUUUGUCCGACGUCUGUGUUAGAACAGAAACAAAUAAAAGCAGAUGUGUCACAUGACUUCUGAAACAAGACACUGAAUUGGUUUUAGAGGCGCACUUGUCGUGUCUCUCUUCGUGUGUGUGUGUCGGCUAAUUGAGGCAAAACAAGGCAAACAAACCGAACUUCUGCCUAAAAAAAAAAAAACGCCAUUAUACCGUGAUAAUGAGAAGUGGAGGUGAAAACAC